AUGGCGGCCACGAUCGUUUCGACAUAUGUAGCGUGACAAGUCAUGUCGUUUUUGUCCAUGUUAUAUGAAAAAAUCCAAUGGCAGAUUCUUUCUUCGGGUUCGAUACUUCGUUAUCGAACUUAAAUGACGAUGAGGGAGCUGGUGAACCUUCAGAGGACGAGUACGAUGCUCUCAACGAUGAGACCUUUGGACAGGACUCGGAAGAGUUCGACUGGGAGGUGCAACACGAGAACUUGGCGCUGCUGGAUCGAGGCCGUCAUCAUGGCGGCAUCGACGACGCGGCCAACUCGCAGCUGGAGGCAUCUCUAUCCCAGCUAGUACUGGAUGAGACGGACGCGCCGCAACCGCGAACGCUCGGUUCCAACGUUUGGCGGCACGACGGGAUACCAAAACCUAUUACACCGGUGCAAUCGCUCAAGAAUGUGUGCACGGUCGAGGAGUUGGAGCGGCAGCUACGCCAGAAGCAGCCGCAACCGAUCUCCAACCAGAACUUCUUCCAGCCAAGAUUCCAACCGGUUAUCCUACAAAGACCACCGGGUCUCCAGGCCCCGGUACCACUACCAUUUGCCCCACAACAACAAAUGAAUCAACCACUAAACAAAAUAAUCGGCCAACCCAACCAGAUGCAGAACCAUCUGGGUCAGAACAUGAGCCAGAUGGGUCAGAACUUGAACCAGAUGGGUCAGAACAUGAAUCAGAUGAGUCAGAACGUGAACCAGUUCAUGCAGUCCUCGAACCAGAUGUUCCAGAACAGUAUGGGUCAGGGUAAUCUCAUGAAUAUGUCUCAAAACAUGCAGGGUAUGCAGCCUAAUCAUAUGAUGCAGAAUCAGAUGGGUCAAAACCAAAUGACGGCUAAUGGCCCUUUCAGUCAGAUGGGACAAAUAAAUCAGUCAAGUAACAUGCAGAUGAAUCAAGGCAUGGGUCAGAUGGGCCAAAAUUUACAGAUGGGUCAACAACCUAUGAACCAGAUGGGUCAAAACGCAGCGCAACUCGGCCAAAACAUGAACAUGGGUCAGUUGGGCCAAAACAUGAACCAGAUGGGUCAAAACCUAAACCACAUGGGCCAGAAUUUUAACCAGAUGGGGCCGAAUAUUAAUGCAUUGGGCCAGCAAAUGAAUCAGAACCUGAGUCAGAUGGGUCAGAACAUGAACCAGAUGGGUCCUAACGUGAACCAGAUGAAUCAGAACGUGAACCAGAUGGGUCAGAACAUGAGUCAGACGGGUCAGAACGCGAAUCAGACGGGUCAGAAUCAGAUGAUUCCGAACGGCAAUCAGUUUGGGGGGCCUGGUAUGGGCCAGUACCCUCAUAUGAUGGGCCAGCCCAGAAUGAUGGCGCCGCCUGGCAUCAACAUGCCCAGGCAGAAUUUCAGCCCGAACAUGGCUCCUUUCAAUAACUUUCGCGCCCCAUCAAUCCAAUCGAAAUCAAACGAGCCUGUCAACCACAACAUUAUGAAUCAACCGAUCCUCAACAAGAACACUUCACCGCAGAAACCUUUGGCGAAUAGCUCGCCACAGACGAAAACUGUCAAGAAAGAACAACCAAAAGUUCAAAAGAGCCGAGUGUACAACAAUUCCAAAACGGUGCCCCAAAACUUGACGUCGCAAAACUUAGUUCAACUAAUACAGAAUACUCAUCCGAUGUUACAACAGAUGAGCACGAGUUAUCAUAACGCGAGCCAUCAUCCGAUGUUGAAUAAUCGGAACAUGUUCGGGAAUAAUCAGUUUAUGAAUAAUCAGGUGUUUAACCAGAGGCAGAAUGGCAGUUUCAGUAAUAAUAUGCACCAAACGAACGGUGAGGACGGCAAACCCAUUUCAACUGUAGACGAGUACGCUGGCCUGAUGACGCAGCGAGAGAAGCAAUGGCUGAUCAACAUACAGAUGCUACAACUCAAUACUGGAACUCCGUACAUUCACGACUUUUACUAUACGGUGUUCUUAGAAAGGCAAGCGAGUAAAGAAAAGGAUUCCGUGAAAGAAGCUCACAAGGCGAACCAACAGAAUCAUCCUUUCUACAGCGGAGGUAGUAAUUCGGUGAAGCAAGAAAACCAUCCACACGGGCGCGAGAGACACAACUCCAACCGCCACAAUUCCACGAGCGAAGACGCUCCCACACCGCGAACUUAUGUCCCCACACAGUUUGAGAACUCUCUGGGGAAACUACAGUGUGGCAGUGUGACGGCGCCGCGCAAAAUCAUCGACGUGGAAUUAGUGGGGGCGGAGCCCUCGCGCGCCUCGUCCAGGGCUCCCAGUCGGGCCAGCACCACCAACCCCAACGAGAUUCGCGUGUCGCAGUCUACCGCCCACCCUGAGAAUCUGUUCUUCAUCUAG